AUGGAUUCAGAAACGCUUAGACGGUCCCUCGCAGACCUCGUAGCAAGGUCACAACCAUACGUCGACCAAGCAAGCACACACCUCCAAAAGUCUCGUCAACACUGCUCGUCGUUACUGGAAACCGCGCAACAAGAUAUCCACGUCCUGUCACAGAAACCGCAUUUUCGAGAGUUAUCCUACGGUUUGGGUCUUCUUAUAUUCAUUACAGUCGCUCUCUCACGCUAUCUAUACCGCCGCCACCUGGCAUCCCCAAGUAGCACUCGGCCUUCGACACCAACGAUAGAAAAGGCUCCAUACAACAAACCAGCUCCGCCAGCUCGCAAACCUGGAACGUGGCCACCGUCGUCGUUCAAACGGCCCACUCCAACACCAUAUGCCGACUGGUCAAUCGAAAAGACCAAGCCUCUACCCUACCGUCCAUUCCGUUAUGGACCGAAAUACUUUGUGACCAUGGGCCUCCGCACCGUGAAGUGGGACGAAUGGAUCGAGCUGGACAACAACUACCCACGAUACCACGCGGACAAAGCGCGACGGAUCGCCGAACGCGGCUCGAAAUGCUGCAGGACAGCUCCCGAGGCAUACCCGGCCGCCCUGGAGCUCCUGGAAGAACUGCGCGGAUACCUCUGUGACCGGUACCCGAUGCUGUACCAGCGGACUGACAAGGGGAUCAAAAACCUCUGGUCUGGCGAGGAACUCGACACGACGUCACGCCCGUUGCCCGAGGAUCCGAUGCAGACGUGCGCUCGGUUGACGCAGGACGACCUGGCGAUCAUGAUCGAGCGGCCAGAUGGCCAAUAUUACCUGCUCGCCGGGGCGGUCUUGCUGGCCGGCUUCUGGCGUCUGGAAGACAAGUAUGGGAUGCCUCUGUCGGAGAUCCACACGAGCGGCGACGUGCCGCAGUUCAAGGAGAAGCUGGAAAAGGGCAUGAUGAACUUCUUCCGCCGGCUGAAGCCCGAGGAGUUGGUCUCGCGCAACAACUAUUUCCUGCAGGUCGAUGAGGACCUGGCAUGGUCGCAGUCGAUCGGCUCCGAGGACUCGGACGGCAUCAGCUGGAACACGGCAGAGAAAAACCGUGCCAUUGAGCAUCACUAUUUCCGCUCCGAGCGCCAGUCCUUGCGCCGCCUGCCUAAAACCGGUGGCGUUGUCUUCACUAUCCGCACCUACUUCCAUCCCAUCACCGAGAUCGCCGAGGAGGAUUACGUUCCUGGCCGUCUGGCCAGUGCUAUUCGGUCCUGGGGUGACGACGUCAGCCGUUACAAGGGCAAGGAAAAGUAUGAGGAAGUUCUGCUCGAGUACCUUGACAAGAAGCACCAAGAGCAGCUUGACAGGGGGUUAAAGAUGGAAGAGGAGGACGAAAAGAGGAGUUAUCCUUGGUGA